GCAAAUGCUUAGAGCGAUAUAUAUCAAGUCGUGUAUUGCUCAAGGAAUUUAAUCUCACCUUGACUGCAAUUUGCUCGCUGUGCCUGAUUUGGUGGUCUUGUUCAUUUUUACUUCAUUUGUGAGACGUACAAAAAGCAAUUAUAUAUUAAUCAACUCUCAGCAUUGAAUGCUUUCGUCGCUGAUUCGAAUUCCAUCUGUGCAGACCCAUUUUUAAACCUGGUGGCUAAUUCUAGUUUCUUUCUAGUGUUUAUUUGAGUGCUCGUGCAAGCAUUGAUUAUUUUUGAUUGAAGUAGCCCACUGGAUAUUUUUUCACCUUUUAUAUUCGGAAGGUUAACUCAUAUCGAACUGUUGUUGUAGGUUCAAGCUGUCAUUUUGAUCAUUUUGGUUGUUGGUUUUCAAAUCAAUAAAAAACGAUUUGAAGAAAAAAAUGAAUCUUCUGGCUGCACGCGAAGACAAAUAUGGCAUAUAAGCAAGAGCUGAGUGUUGGUUUCAUUCAAAUGAUUUUUCCAAACUUGUUAAAUAUUCAUUACCUCUUUCAAAUAAAAGCAAACAUCCUGCAAUGAAGGUUGCCUUCCCCAUUUAGAAUGAAUUGCUACCUAGCCUGCGUUCAAAAAUAAACAUCUUAUUCCCUCUCAGACCGAUUAAAACAGUCUUCUGUUCACCUGGCCUGUCUGUUUGAGUUUGCGGCAUACAGUUUGAUACGCCGGCUUUCUAACUUAAUAUAUUGCUAAUGCAUACCGCAAAAUUUUCCUAAAAUUACUGACAAAAUUACUGACAAGCUGACAUUCAAAUCAACAAUUACUAAGAUUGUAAAUUGAAAAUUCAUAACCUGGCGAUUUCAGUUUGAAAGUACUCGGAUCAAUAAUAUGUUAUCAAAUGUGGAACAAUACGAUCCAACAAAGAUGGAUCUAACAUCGAGAUAAAAAAUCUGGCAGUUGAAGUUUGUUGAGUGGAUACCAGAUGCUACAUGUUCCAUCUCCCCCAUUUUGACUUCCGCUUCACUGCACAGUUUCAAAUUUGCUACAUGCCAUAUAAUUAAAGUAUAAAAACUGAUGGUUUUCAGUUUCGUCAGAUUUUGCUGUGUGGUUCGCGUCACUAGAUUGAUACGUCUUCAUUACACUGCUAUUAAAAUUUGGAGACCAAUUGAAACCCAAUUUCAGUAUUCUUAUUCGCUAUUAUUAAUAGCAUCUUGAAAUUUUACCCGUUUCAGUUGCCUUUAUUUUUCGUGAAAAUACUUAGUUUUUCUUUGCGAUGGAAAAUGCAGAUAAGACAAAUGGCAGUGCCGAAGGAGCUACAGCACCUCAGCUUCUCUCUCAUUCCUCGCAAGGGAAAGCGAUUCCGCUGUACGAAGACGAAGCGGAACAGAGACCCAUGGUGAGUUCUAUUCUGUCCAAACUGAUCGACUACAGUUCCACUGUGCAGAAUGUGAGCACUCGGAAGACAGAAACGCUCAACGCAACUAACGAGGCAGCAGCUGGAGGGCAGAAAGAGAAUAACGCAGUCGACAAGCCGAAAGUGCAAGCAAAACAGCCGCAGCUAGGUACCGUGGUUGGAGUAUAUCUGCCCACGAUGCAAAACAUCUUCGGAGUGCUUCUUUUCCUCCGACUGGCCUGGAUAGUGGGCGAGGCAGGCAUAAUACAGGCAUUCUUCAUCGUAUUACUCUGUUGCACAUGUACGAUGCUGACAGCAAUUUCAAUGAGUGCAAUCGCUACCAAUGGAUAUGUGCCAGCGGGUGGGUCCUACUUCAUGAUCUCGCGUGCUCUGGGUCCGGAGUGUGGGGGAGCAGUGGGUGUGCUGUUCUUCAUAGGCACAUCGUUCGCAGCCGCCAUGUACAUCAUCGGUGCAGUCGAGAUACUUCUCACAUACAUUGCGCCAGAGAUUGCGCUGUUUCGUCCUAUUGGCAGCAGCGUGGAAGGUGUUUCCACAAACAUGCUGAACAACAUGCGAGUAUACGGCACCAUGUUCCUUCUGGCAAUGGCCACUUUGGUAUUUGUUGGCGUAAAGUACGUGAACAAAUUAGCAGGACUGUUUUUGGCAUGUGUGAUCACAUCUAUACUCUGUAUCUACAUUGGCUUCUUCACGUCCUCUGACGUGGCAAGGGUCUGUAUUAUAUCAUCGAAGUUGCCAGGAUUUGAAAAUGAAGUGCCAACACUAAUAUCGCUCUCCGGUAACUUCGACAAGUACGAGUGCGCUUUCGACAUGUCUCCGAACCACCAGUUAAAUAUGUAUGACAUGUACUGUUCGAACAAGACGGAAGAAGUCUGUUUCGAGGAGUUCCCGUUUCUGCAGGGAGAGGUGAAGAUGAAGUAUGGAAUCCCAGGCAUAACAUCAGGAGAAAUUCUUAAUAACCUGCACUCAUUCUACCGGCUGAAAGGCGAGAUCAUUCCAGGCAUCACUGAAAAGAUAGGCGCCAAAACUGCUUCUGUGAAAGCCGACAUCACAACUUCAGCCAUGAUCCUAACAGGAAUCUUCUUCCCAUCCUGUACCGGAAUCAUGGCGGGAAGUAACCGGUCAGGUGAUCUACGCAAUGCAGCCGCGUCGAUUCCUGUGGGCACGAUAGGAGCCAUUAUUACGACUUCACUGGUCUACUUGUCUUUCGUGGUGCUUGUCGGAUCCGUAGCAUCUGGUGCGAUGCUAAGAGACAAAUUCGGGGCGAGUGUAGGAGGUGAGCUGCUGUGUGCUUUGCUGGCCUUCCCUAACAAGUACGUGGUUUUAUUCGGGGCCUUCUUCUCUACAGUGGGCGCGGGACUGCAGUCACUCACAGGCGCCCCUCGACUUCUUCAGGCCAUCGCCAAAGACGACAUCUUGCCCCCACUCAAGUAUUUUGCCAAAGGCAAGAAGAACGGGGAGCCUUCCUGGGCACUUCUGCUGUCGGCAGUUAUAGCUGAGGUCGGCAUCCUCAUCGCAUCUGUCGACUCAGUUGCACCAAUCAUCACAAUAUUCUUCCUGAUGUGUUACCUCUUUGUGAACUUGGCAUGUGCAGUGCAAACUCUCCUCAAGUCGCCGAAUUGGCGCCCAAAGUUUAGAUUUUACCACUGGGGUCUCUCUUUGUUGGGCAUGGCCAUUUGCUUGUUCAUCAUGUUCAUCUCCAAUUGGUGGCAGGCCCUGAUAGCCAUGCUGAUUGCUUUGGGGCUCUACAAGUAUAUAGAAUUCGCUGGGGCCAAGAAAGAAUGGGGAGACGGGAUUCGGGGUCUGUCCUUAAGUGCCGCCCUGUACGGUUUGAGAAGACUGGAGGAUUCGGAAGUUCACACUAAGAAUUGGAGACCACAGAUAUUGGCGUUGCUUACGGACAAUGAAGAUGUAUCGAGUGAUGCCAUCAAAGCGAGUUUCCCAUUUCCCUUCAUCAGUCAGCUCAAAGCAGGCAAGGGUCUGACAAUAGUGGGGUCUAUAAUAGAGGGUAGUUUGGACGAGAGCAAGUGUGACAUAAAGGAGUUGCUGACCGAGUCCAUCACAGAGUGCAUGCGAACCAGUAAGGUCAAGGGAUUCACUCAGGUCUCAAUAUCUCACUCACUCCUCAACGGAUACAUCAACAUGCUCCAGCUAAGCGGGUUGGGAGGUCUGAAACCUAACACAGUACUGAUGAACUGGCCAAAGCACAUCAUGGAAGGAAAUGACUCAGAGGAAGACCUUUCUACCACUGAUUUCACCCAGCAGGCUAAAUUGUUCGCAGACGUGUUGCAUGGAGUGACGAAUAGCAAACAGCAUGUGUUCAUUGCAAUCAAGAAUCAAGAGGUUUUCCCCACCAACAAGGAGAUUCAAAGUGGAAACUCAACAAUAGACAUCUGGUGGAUAGUGCAUGAUGGAGGCAUCCUAAUGCUGCUGGGGUUCCUGCUGCGACAACACAAAGUGUGGCGCCACACUACUAUGCGCAUAUUUACAGUGGCCCAGCCGGAGGAUAACAGCAUCAAGAUAAAGAAGGAUCUGGAGCAGUUCCUCAGUCUACUCAGAAUCGAGGCCACAGUUGAUGUCAUCGAAAUGCCUAGUGACGAUAUUUCGGCGUAUACAUACGAGAAGACUCUGAUUAUGGAACAGAGAAACAAAUUGCUGCAGAAUCUCAAUAUGUCCCGACGAGAAAGUCGGAGAGAGGUGCAAGUGCUGACUGACUCACAGCGCCAUAAGUUCUCCGUCACUGCUCAGCUGAAUGCCUCAUAUCAGCCGCAGAUAUCCACAUCCUUCGAGGACCAGACUUCGGAACUGGCUGAGGGGAAGGAGAAUGCAGGCGCAGCUAUGGUUACUAUAUCGCCCCCACCUGAGGAGGUAGUGAAUUCGACCAGUGGUCUGUUGAAGUUCUACGUCAGAAAUGAAAAAGAUAUAGGAAACAACAACGAGUCAGUAGUAGAUGGACCAAUUGCGGAGAUUACUUCGUCCGAAAACAACCACCUGCCGCCGACCUCAGAGAAGAAAUCGAAGGGGAUGUCGACUUCGUUCUUGGAGCCACCAGAUACGGGAGCUAAAUUGAAACCAGAUGAGAAGAAUGUGAAGGCUAUGGAUGCGGCGGAGAAGUUGAACACGGUGGUGAUUGAGAAGUCUUCAGAGAGCAAAUUAGUGUUCAUCAAUUUACCCGCUCCGCCACACGUCAAAAGUCCGCAGAAGUUUUACAAUUAUUUCCAAUUUGUGGAAUCAAUGAUUAAGGAUCUGAAGAUGCCAAUUGUUCUGGUGCGUGGCUCAGGAAGAGAAUUCGUCACCAUCUACUCAUAGCCUUAGUUGCUGAAUUCACUAACCCCCUCCCCAAGAAAUGUAUAAAUUUAUGAUCCCAAAGACUUUUCACUUUUCAAUUAAACUGGGGCUUGGCUACAUUCAACUCACACCUUUCUUUCUUUGACUCUUUAGUGUACUAAUUAUAUUGAGUGUUUUUUUUUAUUAUUGGAUUGUUUUUUCUUCUGUUGUUAACUAGACAAUUAAUGUAAGUGAUUUAGCCAGCCGCAAUUUGUUUUAUUUUAGCUCCGAGUUUUGAUUUUUUUCCCAUAAUUUCGAACUGCAAAAUUCAGGCUUUUAAAAUGUUUUGAAGAUUUGUAGUUUUCUUACUUGGCGUUGACGUUUUCUGGCUACUGAAAUAUUCAAAUUGUAACUGAUGUCAAUAUCUAUGCAUUUGCUUUCGUUUGCACUAUUUUUGGCCAUGACAAAAGGGGUUCAAACCGUUGGUUAUACGACGAUUUUUGUACAUUUUAAUUGCAAUACUAACGUAUUUUUUAGACGACAAGGCACAAAUUAUUAAUGAGCGUUCAACAUUCAUUUAGCCAAAAGUUGUAAAAUAAACGUGGCACCCCAAUAACUACUCUCCUCUCUCUAGACUUUAUUAUCCCUUUCCUUUAAAACGUUCUGACUUACAACCAACUCCAUUAAACGCAAUCACAUCAUAAGCAAUACUUCAUGGCAGUUACUUAUAAAAUUUUGGCAAAAAAAUGAGAGUUAAUGUUUCCAUUUUAAAUGGGAUGUUUUCGUAGCAGAACGUGUUCAUAGGUCUCAGAUUUCUCGAAAUGUUUACUUGCUCGAGAUCCUUAAGUUUCUUCCAGAUAAUUUAUUUGAAAGAAGUUCUGCUACCGAAGUUUCAUUAGAAAAAAUGCAAUAAAAUAAACUGUGAUAUUUAUUAGUUUCAUUAUCUAUUGGUGCUGAUCAAUUUCGCCAGUAAAUUGCGUCAUUUCCAGUGCAGUUUUUUUACUAGUGUCAUUUCUCUUUAACCAGAUGUUGCCAUUUUUUCUCUUGCUUGUUUGCAUUUUUGAAGUGCAACUAAGUCGUGCUAAAUCACCAAUGAAAAUUUCAAUUUGCAGGCCAUAUGUCUAGUUUCUGAGGGACUAAAUUUUAAAGGGUUCGAUUGUCGGUCCAACUAUAAAUAGUACUGGCAUUUCCCGCGUAUGUCAUGGUUCGAAACCUGACGCAAUCUCUCAAAAGUUAUUAAUUGAUGAAUAAGUGAUUUUUGCUUCAAUUUUUUUGGAAAAGCUCGUAGAGAUUGUGAUGACAAGAGCCUAAAAGUAGCGACCUGAUUGGUGGUCUAACCUAACCUUUGAGCAAUAAUACUUUCGCAUUUUAUGUCUGUGAUUCCACUGAAUGUUGUAUAUUUAUUUAACUGAACUUCAAAUACUUGCAGUACAUUCUCAAGUGCAAAUACUAGAAUAGAAAUCUUAUACACUG